UAUUUUGGUUCUGCUCCAGUGCUCCUCUGCUACUUUCGAAUCUGUUCUUUCUUAAAUCUAGAGCUGUUCUAAGAGGUGCAUAGACUCGUCAUGGCUGUUGCAGAGCCUAACAAAGAGUUAACUACAAGUAAUGUGAUACGAUUACUACGUAAGACAGAGUUUAGGUUCUCUAAGAAUUGGAGAGGGGUUGCCCGUGAGUUAGGAGUAUCACUAGAGAAGAGGUCACAGCAGGAUUCUCGUCUACAGCUACACUCAAAUAUUGAAGCAGAAACUGAUUUCUUAGAGGAAGCUAUUGAUGACUGGAUAAGGAAUUCUGAUGAUCCUUCAUGGACACAACUCAUUUCUGUAAUUUCGCAGUUUGACAAAAAGACAGCCAGAGAACUAAGAAUAUACAUUGGCAUACCUCAUGUGAGUCACUGGUCAUCAGUUGAUGAUGAUAGUGGGGAGUGUUGCACUGAAACUGAAGAGAAAUUAUCAAAUCUACUCAAAAGUAUGACAAUAGAGGAGCCACAGCAGAUAGGAAUCACUUGUAAAGUUUUCAAUGCAGACACCAACAACCUCAUCGAGUCUAGUAAAGCUCCUGUGACAAGAGACAUUACGAUCAGACGACGCGUCCAAGAGUUUUCAUCACAAACUGUUAGGGUUGGGACUAGCAUUCGACUUGAGAUCACUACUGACUCUAAUUGCUAUCUUUACAUUCUCAAUAUUGGUACGUCAGGGAAAACAACACUACUAUUACCUAAUGAAUAUGAAACUAACAACUACUUCAAUGCUUGGCAGUCUUAUAAUCUUCCUGGAGAGGACUGUGGUUUUGAAAUUGAUGGUCCAUCAGGUAAAGAGACUAUCCAGGUGCUAGCCUUCUCGUCAAGACAGCCUGUAUUAGAUAAGCUGGUGUGUGCUGCUAGUGUUCAAGAGAUGACACUAUACAGAGAUAUUGUGAUGAAAAGAAAAGCCCAAGCUGUCGAACAGAAAGGAUACGCAUUUGUACAAUUUGACGUUCAGAAGUGAUUAUCAAUAAUCAUUGUCAUUUAUUUUAUUUUUAGAAUUUUCAUUUAUUUUAGUGGCAUGUAACAUUUUUGAUUUGCAUUCUAAAAUUAAGUUAUAAUAACUUUGCAGCAAAUAAUAAUUAUUAUUAUUAAGUUAAAACACCUUUAAUGUUUAAUUAUGUAUCACUCACAAAACAGUUGUUUUUUCUUUUUGUUCAUCAUCCUCCACAUGCACUUUCACUUCAACUGGAAUGUCCACUGAUAAUUCAGCUUUUUUGUUCUGUUCUGGCUUCUUUUUAUCUACUGAAAGGUGACCAGAUCUAGACAUCAGUGUAUUAAUUUUUAUAGUGGAUCUACUCGUAGUAUCAUUCUUAUACGUGUGCAAGUUGUGACUGUUACUUCUUUUACAUAGGCGAAGAAUCCAAUACCUCCAAGAGCUACGAACUUCUUUUGAUCGAAUACAUUGCAUGACAAAAAUAAAGAAACCAUGGAAAGCUGUGAUGAAAAUAAAAAGACCAGCAAUCAUGUCAUGUAUUUCUUGACUGCUGUGGAUAUCCUGAGUGGCUA